GUUUCAUCCUGCUAACUCUCUGCUCCUGGAACUGCACAUCUGGAUGCACAUGGAUGAAAACGCAGAACAGAGCAGCUGUAAGCAACUUCCAGGUUUUAAGCAACAGCUCGAUUUCACAUCUGGAACAAGCCUGCAAGGCUUCUGUGCAUGUUUAUAGCAGACUCAGCAUGGAAUUUCCACACAGUCAAUACAACCGCAUACUCGAACUGCAGGCAAAGGAUCACAUACUGUUCAUCUUGAAGACCCUGAAAAGCAUUGAGAAGAUCUACAGUGGGAAAUACGAGAAGGUGGACUGCGACCAGCGUAAACUGCAGAUAUUUCUGCUGGAUGUGCAUCGCCAGAUUUUUGAGCUGGAACGAUGUGAAAAUAUCGUCCCCACAAAAGUGCUGAAGAAAAUAUUAAAAAACAUGGAAAUACAUUUCAGAGGUCUGAUUUCUCACCUUAAAAUCACGGACUUCAGUGCAGAAGGUUGGGGUGAGACUGCAGGGGUCGUUCUGCAGCAUCUGAGAAGACUCGACCUCCUGGCCACCAAAACUAAAAUAGAGCUUCAUGAUCAUUAAAACCAGUUCAACCUGAUAAAAAAAAAAGAUAUGCAAAUA